AAGCGCAAAACGGAAUUUACAACAUGGCGGAACGCAGGAAAAGCAGGAAGCGCAAAGAUGAAGUGUCAAAUAUAGACAAUGAAGUUAUUCAAGACAACCCAUCUAAAGACGAAUAUGUAGUGGCUAGAUGGAUUCGUAACAAUGUACCAUCGAAGAAAACAAAAUUUUACAGGAGCCACAAUGUUGAGUACUUCACUGGCACUCGUGCCGUGGAUGCUCUGUUGGAAAACUCGCCAUGGAGCAAAACUAAGUUUGAAACACGCGAACAGGUCACAGAAUUCCUUGAUUUGAUGUUACAACAUAAAUUCUUUCAUAGAGCAAAAAAAGUAGUGAUUUCUGAAGAAGAGUUGUGUAAGAUACGUGGAAUAAAGAAAAAAGUUAAAGAGGUUAAAAAAGAAAAGAAACCUAAUGAAAAAGAGAAGGAUGAGUCGUCCAAAGAAAGUAAAGAUGCAACAGGUGGAAAAGAUACAGAAGACAAAAGUGAGGAGAAAAAGAAAAAACCAAAAGUACGUUUGGAAAUGCACAUGGAACAGUAUUUUGUUGACUGUAACGAUGCUUAUGUUUGGAUAUAUGAGCCAAUCCAAGUCUACUACUGGUUCUUUGGAACACUUGUAGUAUUAGGUGCAAUUGGUCUCUGUCUCUUUCCAUUAUGGCCAUCAACAAUCCGUCUUGGUGUAUAUUAUAUAAGUGUUGCAGCUGCUGGUUUACUCAUAUUCAUUUUGGCAUUAGCAAUUAUUAGAUUAAUUGUGUUCUGUCUUCUUUGGGUUCCAACACUCGGCAGAUGUCACCUCUGGCUUUUCCCUAAUUUGACAGCAGAUGUUGGAUUCUUCGCUUCGUUUUGGCCCCUUUAUCAGUACGAUUACUAUGGUUCUACAUCAGACUCUGAUAAAAAACUUAAUAAAAAGAAAAGAAAGAAGGAAAAAGAUUUCGAUUCUGACGAGGCAACAUCGACUAAUUCAGAAGACAAACUUAGUACAAAAGAAUUACAUACAGAAUAUACUCAAAAUGAAGAAAUUUCAUCUACUGACGAUAAAAAGCUUCCUUUGUCCGAGUCUGCAGACCGCGAAGAAGGUAGUGAAAGUUCAGAAAGUGAAAAGUCUAAUACAGGUCGGGAUUUUGUGAUGCUUUAGAACAGGAACAUUUGGCAAUAAAUAGAUUUUCUUCAUUUCGAAUAACUACCGUGUCAAUCAAUGGUUAAUUCUUGUCUAUUCUGAUAAAAUAUUAUCUAGAUUCGUACAGAUAAGUUAAGCAUUUAUAUGCUACUGUUAAACUCUUGAAACAUGUACGAUUUGUUUCGUGUAAAAAUAUGCAGGAUUUUAAUAUCGCUCAAUCAUGACGGAAACGAGAAAGCGGUACAUUAAUUUAGCAAACUCUUGAAAUUAAGCAAACUCUUUGCUUAUUGCCAAUACAAAUAUCUUUGCAUUUCUUGCAUUUAGAACGCUAUAGUCAACUAAAAAAGAUGGUAUCUAUAUUUUACAGAAAUGAAAUCUUUGUAAACUGUGGUAUAAUGCUACCAACUUUGAGAUUCCAGACGAACGUGUAUUUUUAUUUAACUGAUUAAUAAUCAACGUUUACUUAGAUAUUUACACGAUAUUCAUAAGAAUUGUUUUGUGAAAACAUAAUUACGUUAAUACAGGUGCCUGAGAUUUUCCUGCAUCAAUUGCAAGCUGUUUUUAACGUUUUACAUUGUAUAAUAUUGUAUUUCACCACAACUACUAUGAAAUUUCAGUAAUAUGGUUUUCUCAGGUUUCAUAAAUGUACAGAACUGGACAAAUAGAAUCUCCUUAAAUAAGACUACAAUUAUUUCUACCAAUUGUUAUUUUGUCUACGAGUUUCUUUUUAGUAGGACUGAACUUGAUAUUUCACCGAUCGAAUACAACAAAUUGUAAUGUAUAUUUUUAUGUAAACUUGUCAACGAUAAUAAUUAUCAUUGUAAUUAUUAUUUUUAUAUCGAUAUCAUUAUUACGCAAUAUUAUUUUAAUCUUUACAAGCACGUUAAAUACUGAAAGACAUUCGUAUGAUUUUUUACCAUUUAUCGAACGGUAUGCAUAAAUAUUUAUAAAACUUGCAAAUGUAGUUAAGAAGUUUAUGACUGUAGGAAGUGCAGUACUGUUUAAGGUUAUAAGUUACAAUCAGA